UUUCAUUUGGGUCAGGACAACUGUCAACAACAACUCUUGAAUCGACUGCCAGAUUUCAUCUCGCGCGUCAAGGACGAAAUACUAUCCGAGAUGUCUAAGCCCGGCGCAAAAAAGUUUGGCCCUCAGAUCAUGGAGCUGAAGAAAGAAAGUCCGGAGAACACUUAUCAAAUUAAGGCAGAAGUAGCAAGGGGCAAGUAUGCCAUCAUUAAGAGAUGUAUGGACAAGAAGACCAAAAAGAAUAUGAUGGCAAAACUCAUCAAAUAUGACAAAGAUACAGAAAAAUUGGCCAUCCAAGAGUUCACCAUAAUGAGGGACUUAAAGAAUGACAAGCUACUGACCACUCGAGAUGGGUUCCACGUUAGAAAAUACAUUGUCAUCAUGAUGGAUUCUGUUGAAGCCAAGAAUAUGCUUGAGUUUCUUGGGGAAAAACCACGUGCAAACGAGGAGGACGCUGCAUUUGUGAUGAGGCAAACUCUUGAAGCUCUCAAGUAUCUUCAUGCCAACAAGAUCGUUCACUUAGACGUCAGGCCUGCUAACAUCUUGGUCAAAAAGGACUACACUCUUAAGCUUAUUGACUAUGGAUGUGCGCGUAAAAUCAAUGCCGACGGAGGAGAACUGGUAGACGCAAUAGGUGUUACUGAAUUUGCAGCUCCUGAGCUUUUGAACAUGGAUCCUGUUUGCUGGGCUGCUGAUAUGUGGAGUAUUGGUGUCAUUUUAUACAUGCUGUUAAGUGCAACUCUGCCUUUUUAUGGAGAAGAUGAAGAUGACGUCACACAAGCAGUAAUUGCAGUUGACUACGAAAUGCCCGCUGACAAGUUUGCAAAAGCAAGUGAUGAUGCAAAAGCUUUGGUAAAAUCGCUCAUUACGAAAAUACCUGAGAAGCGUCCAAAUGCAACUAAAGUCCUCGAUGGAGAAUGGCUUGGUAGUGGUAAUGCCCAGAAAAGAAAAACAACUGACAUCCCUUCGUCGAAAUUCAAGGAAUUGAAUCAAACGCUGACAGAUGAGGUAUGCUACCAGAUCUUCGUUGAUAUCGUUGUUGUUGCUGUUGCUGACAAAGAAGAGGCUGUUGAUGCCUCAGGUGUUCUGCGUUCUUUCGAUGAGGAAGAAUAUGAAUCUCCGGAGGAAGAAGAAGAAGAAUAA